GUAAAUAAAAAUAUUAGUCUUCUCCGAUUUGUUUGUUGCUUUGUUUUGCACUUUUGGCUCAAAAUUAACUGCUGCAAAGUGCAAGAUGGACAACUUGGAGUCUAGAGUACUGGAAAACUGCAGCAAAGUGAUGGAAAACAGUGAAAUAGAGCGAGAAAAGGACAAAAUCGCCGGCAUUCCAGCUGAAGAAGAAGCAGUUGUUUCCGAGAAGAAGAGGGGAAUAGAAGAGGAAGUCGUCGGGCGCGGGAAAGAGGAAGAAAAGGAGGAAAGGGAGCAAGCAUGCGGGAAAGAGACAGUGCAACGGGAAAAGUGCCGGGACCCAAACACCUGUAGAUGCCCCCAACUGGAGGCGGAGCCCAUCAAGGACAACCGCCAGCUGCUGGAGUUCCGGGUGCGGAGCAGGGACAUCGACUGGCGCCAGUAUGUCCAGCCACUGGACACCAGCGUGCGGGCGGCGGCCGUCUAUCUGGACCGCCAGGCGGACUUCGUGGGCAGCGGACGGCGCCCGGUGACCGAGGAUAGUCGCAGGGAGCUGCUCGUCUGCCACGACAUGAUGGGCAACUACCUCGAGGAUCGGCACUUUCACAGCUCCCAGAAGUACGACGACUAUCGAUUCGUGCACUGGUCAGCCGUGGAUUACUUCUGUUACUUCAGCCACGACUACGUGACCAUUCCGCCCUGCGGUUGGCUGAAUGCCGCCCAUCGCCACGGAGUUCCGGUGCUGGGCACGUUCAUCGUGGAGGCCACCGCACGGCUGGACGAGUUCCUGGCCACCGAGGAGAGUGUCGAGGGCACCGUGGAGGCCCUAACCCGUCUCUGCGAGCACUUCGGCUUCGAGGGCUGGCUGGUCAACGUGGAGGUGACGGUUCCCCAGAGCAAAAUGCCCAGUCUGUACCGCUUUGUCCGGCAGCUGACGACGGCCACGGAGUCACGUGUGCCACACGGACGUGUCUUUUGGUACGACAGCGUUACGGAGGACGGCCAGCUCCGGUGGCAGAACGAGCUGAACUCGCGCAACGCGGAGUUCUUUCGACGCAGCCAUGGAACGCUCAUAAACUACGCCUGGGACGAGGGCCACUUGGAGCGGAGUGCCCAGCAGGCAGCGAGGGAGCAGGCGCACCGGCAUCGGGUCUUCAUGGGACUGGAUGUCUUCGGAAGGAGUCGCAGGGGCGGCUUCCAGAGUGUGGAGACCAUGGAGCUCAUUGCGAACAGCGGCUUCUCGGCGGGCAUCUUUGCACCCGGCUGGACCUUCGAGACCCUCCAUCGCUUUGGGUACAAUAUCAAGAAUCCGCGCGGAGAUGACCAGGUGAACGCGUCCUUCUUGGCCAGAAACGAGGCGUGGUGGGCGCGCAUUUGGCCCACCUUGGCCACGCAUCCGUACCGUUCGCUGCCCUUCUUCACGGACUUCUGCGUCGGUUCCGGUCGCCUGGAAUUCGAGCGUGGCGCGAGGAUUGCGGGCGAGGAGAGCCCCUUCUUCAAUCUGUCGCGGCAAUCGCUGCAGCCGUCGGUGCCGCUGGACAGGAAUGCAGUGCAUCACUUCGACGAGGCCUACUCGGGCGGCUGCUCCCUGCUGGUGACCAACUACGAGCGUGCCUUCCGGCUUUUUGUCACGGACUUUGAACUGGCCCUCGGCGUUCUGCUCCUGAGUUAUGUUUUCAAAAUCGACGGCGAUGCCGCGGCCACCACGUUUGACCUGCUGCUGCAAGUGACACCGCUGCGUAGGAAUGACGAGGACCUGUACCUAUUCUGCGGCGACUACGAAGGCUCCAUUGUUGCGCCACAACGCUGCUACCUUUCGCCCCUCGAACGAGACCCGCCCAGCGGCCUUUCCCGCUUGCGCCAGGACAGCAGAUCCUUGGCAGCGGGCUGGCAGGUGCGCCACUAUCUGGUCAAGUUCGAUGGACCCGUCAGGGUGCAGGACAUCGGAGUUAUGUGCCGGCGGCCAGCGGAGUCGAGCACGCAGGCCAAGCUGGGUGUCGUCUAUGUGGACGCUCUGUCGCUGGAGGAUUUGAGGGGCUCGUGGACAGACAUUCCGGUCUACGGCAAGCGCAUGUGGAAUGAGCAGCGAACUUGAAGCUCAAGUUUGCUUAAAUAAUAAGAAUUCCUUUGUUUAUGUAGUAAGUUACUACUAGUAACUAAUAAAGUAAGUUCGCAGUAAUAAAAAAGUGAACGA